AUUAUUUACAGUCUCAAAAUGACUCAAAUUUCAAAUCGUGGAGGAUUCGAAGCGUGGUGGGAUGGAUGAUGCUCACUGGUUUGGUAUUAGAUAAUGCUUAUGGUGGUGGACUGGCGUCUACCUUCACAGUACCCAGAUAUGAGCCUUCUGUUGACACUAUCCAAGAUAUGGUGGAUAGAAAAGUGACUUGGGCUGCCACUCAUGACGCAUGGGUAUUUUCCUUGUCUGCGUCUCAGGAUCCUUUAAUCAAACAGUUAGUUAGACAGUUCCACAUUUAUGAGCCGGAAGAGUUGAAACGUCUAAGUUUUACAAGAAAGGUAGCUUAUAGCAUUGAGAGACUACCGGCGGGUUAUUUUGCAAUUGGAGAAUAUAUCGAUGAUAAAGCAGUUCGUGACUUUACAAUUCUAGUUCAAGAUUUCUACUAUGAAUUAUGUGUGGUUAUGAUGAGAAAAAGCUCACCUUACACACUCCAAAUGAAUAAACAUAUUGGCAGGUUACAUGAGAGUGGUUUAAUGCUAGCUUGGGAAAGACAGAUUGCCUUAAGCCUAUUAAAUUACAAGGUGCAGAUUGAGGUAAAAUUGUCAAGAUCGAAGAGAGAUGUCGAAACUAUAGAACCUAUCAGUUUCCGCCUUGUUCUUCUUGAUAUUGUAGAGUUGCCAUUUUAG